AUGAUGCCCUCGCUCGCCAGCGCUCUUUUCGCGAAUCUCGGUCUCGCCUCGCUGGCAAGAGCACACAUGAUGCUCGCGUACCCAGCGCCAUUUAAUGGCUCUAACAACCCGCACCGCACUACGCCACCCGAUGUGUAUCUACAGUAUCCAUACGACUGCUGUGGCGAGAACGAUCGGUGGUCAUAUCCCUGUCGUGGCUACGAGAAGCUCCUAGACACGCCUGAUGGUGCUCCGACAGCGACCUGGAAGGCAGGAACCAUAGCAUACUGGAACAUGACCGGCAUCGGCAAUCACUACGGCGGUUCGUGUCAAGUCGGCUUCUCUGUUGACAAGGGCAAAACGUUCCGCGUCGCCACAAGCUAUGAAGGCAAUUGUCCACACCGCAAUCAGCCCAGCAGCGGAACACAGGGCCAGAACUUCGAGUUCAGAGUUCCGAGCGACCUGGACAUCGGCGUACAGCUCUUCGCGUGGAUCUGGUACAAUCGCGAACAGGAGCUGAACAUGAACUGCGCGGCUGUCAACAUCACACCGGCAGAGCCUCAGACUUAUUCCGCCAAAAUGCCUCGCGCGGUUUCGUAUGGGUCUCGACCACUUAUGUUCGUCGCGGAUGACGGCAAUGACUGCCAAACACCUCAUGCGACUGCAGAGCUCAAAUAUCCUUUUCCUGGGCCGGAUGUGGUCUCUGGCGAUGGCGUCUAUCCGCUGCAGUAUCCAGAGGGCAGCUGCAGUCCUGACAAGAUGCUAGCUAAGCAGAGCUAUGCAGGAGCAGUCAGAAGUGACUGA